AUGAACAGUGAACAGCUGGGUGGUAUGGCAAUUAUUUUGAAAGGUCUUAGUGCUGCCAAAGAACAGUUCCAGUUGCAUGGUCGUCAAUACGUCCGGAGAAUCCUGCUUUUGAUCACAAGCGGCGUUAAUCGUGGAAAUGCAGUGCAUGCAGCGGAAGAUCUGCGUGAACGUCUUGACGUCGAUUUCUUCGUGCUUGCUGUUAACAGCACUCGCGAAGCACGGAUGACGUUGAAUCGUUUAGUGGGUGACCAGUUCAUUCAAGAACGAGUGAUUUUUAUCCCUGGCGCAAAUAAGCUUCAAGGAUCAGAGUUGGUAAAAGUUGGAAAAGCGCUUUGCGGCCAUACUGAAAUAGCAGCCGCGACAAUUCGUCCACCACCAGAACUGGCAACACACCGAACAACAAAGCGUGAAGUGGGCCUUGAUGACCGCAUUCACAGGCAUGUUUUAUUUGACAAGUUGUUAUUUUCGUCAUCACUGGGAUUAUUAAAGCGCCAGACAAUCGGUGUGACAAUCCGACAUUAG